AGUGGUCUGUCCCUUAGGUCAAAGGGCAAACAAAGAUGGCGACGGAGGGAUGAAUUUUUCGUUGUCUUUCAUUUUCGCACAACUCUAACCUCCAAAAUGGACCGUUUUGUGUGGACAAACGGGCUGUUAGAGCCGUAUGAGGACCUGAAGGCUCAGCAGCACGGGAUAAAGAUCUACGACGGCGAAGACAAGACGCCGUUUGAGUACGGGACGCUGAUUUUGACCAGUCAUCGCCUGAUCUGGCGCGACCAUAAGCGGUCCGACUGUGUCCUGGCCCUCCCCCUGUCUCAGAUUGUGUUUCUGGAGGAGACGGAGUCAGGGCUGGGGAAGAGCGCGAAGAUCGUGGUACAUCUGAGCCCCGCUCCGCCUAACAGACCUCCGGGGCCGGUGGCAUCUAGUCAGAAUUCCUACAUCAGGUUGUCCUUCAAAGAUGCUGGUGAGACUGAGUUCCAUCGCAGGUUUAUUGAGGAGCUCGCCCGCCGGUCCUGGGAAAUGACACAGCCGCACCCAGCACAACAACAGCAGGCUGAACAGGCUGGGCCAACUGGGGCCAGGAGAGCAGGAAUUGUUGGCAUAGAGCGAAAGCUGGAACAGAAGAGAAAAGAGACUGACCAAACCAUCAGUGUGGCCUUCGAGGACCUGAGUAACCUGAUGGAGAAGGCCAAGGACAUGGUCAGCCUGUCUAAGACCAUCGCUCAGAAGAUCCAGGAUAAACAAGGAGCUAUCUCAGAGGAUGAGACUGUUCAGUUCAAGUCAUAUCUACUCAGCUUAGGUAUCCCCAACCCAGUGACCAGGGAGACACAUGGGUCAGGUACCAACUACCACAUGCAGCUCGCCAAGGAGCUGGCACAGGUACUGCAGCAGCCGCUGGAGGAGUGUGGGGGCAUGAUGUCACUGGCUGACGUGUACUGUCGUGUCAACAGGGCCAGGGGGAUGGAGCUCCUAUCCCCUGAUGACCUCCUGAAUGCCUGUAAGCUGCUGGAGGCCCUGAAGCUGCCCAUGCGUCUGCGGGAGUUUGACUCCGGCGUCGUUGUGGUCCAGCUCGUGUCCCACUCGGAGGAAGAGGUCGUCCGCGAGACUUCCCGUCUGGUGGAGGAGUCCGGGUCUCUGACGGCGGAGGAGCUGUCCAGAGUCGCGAGCUUCUCUGUGAUGUUAGCGAGAGAAAGACUGCUGACCACGGAGAAGAAAGGCCUGCUAUGCAGAGAUGACACGGUGGAGGGUCUGCGUUUCUACCCUAAUCUUUUCAGUACAAAACCAGUCAUGGAACCCUAGCCCAUAGUAAUGUGAUUUUAAGAGUGAACUCAAAUACACCGUAAAUUUGGUCCUUAGAUUUCAUCAAAUAGAAAGUUGUUUGUGUAUGUUAUGAAAAGUGAGCUAAAUUAUUGUCAGCUCUGACAUUGUGAAGGAAAGUACACCAAGAUUGUAUGGCCAUAGAUAAAAUUAUAAUUUAUAGUGUAGACUGUGAAUUUCACACA